ACAUAGAGGUGAUCUCUACAUUUCAUCCCUAUUCUAACAUUCAGCAAGCAGAGAAAGUUUCAUUUCUCUGUUUGUCUUGAUUGUGUGAUAACUUCUACUGAUACAAAUCAGUAAGAAGUAUCAUGGCUUUUGGUGUAGUGAUAUGGGUGUUCUUCGCUGCCCUCUGUUUGGGCAGUGUGAUAAUGGCGUCUGGAGCAAACAGCGGUCCCAAUUACAAUAACAACAACAAUAAUGAUGGUGUGGAGUAUCAAAUGGUGCCAAGUACCGUAAGUGGGCAAGAGAGGGCUAUUUGCUAUGUCAGAAAGAGCAGGUGUCUUUUGAAGAUCUUGAAAUGCCCUCGCGAGUGCCCCAAUAGGAAACCCAACACAGUUUACAAGAACAAAAAGACCAAGGGAUGCCUCGUCGAUUGCAGCAACAAAUGUGAGACCACCUGCAAAUAUAGGAAGCCUAAUUGUCAGGGCUAUGGAGCCAUAUGUUACGAUCCUCGCUUUGUAGGAGGUGAUGGUGUAAUGUUCUACUUCCAUGGUGCUAAAGAUAAGGACUUUGCCCUCCUUUCUGAUCGCCACUUUCAAAUUAAUGCCCACUUUAUUGGUACAAAGCCUGAAGGUCGUGACCGCCCCUACACUUGGGUUCAAGCCUUAGGUCUCAUGUUUGACUCCCACACCUUGACAGUUGCAGCCAAAAAAACCUCUAAAUGGGAUGAAACGGUCGACCACUUCAUCUUCACUUUUGAUGGCAAGGAAUUCACCAUUCCAGAGGAAGCUUUAGUUCAAUGGACUCCUCCAAUUUUGGGCCCAAGCACCAUGACAAUUGAGCGUAUUGAUAACACCAACAAUGUCAAUCUCAUUGUUCCUGGGGUGGUUGAUAUAGUCAUGGGUGUGGCCCCCAUCUUGGAAAAAGAGAAUCUCAUGCACAACUACCAACUACCUGCUGAUGAUGUGUUUGCUCACUUGGAAAUGCAAUUCAAAUUCUUUAAUCUCUCAUCUGAAGUGGAAGGUGUUCUAGGCCAAACUUAUAGACCUGGGUUUGAAAACCCAGUUAAGAGGGGUGUCCCUAUGCCCAUCAUGGGGGGUGAAGACAAAUAUGCUACAUCUUCCUUGCUAUCUACAAAUUGCAACUUCUGCAAAUAUUCUUCUGCAUCGUAUUCCUCUUCUAAAGGAUUUAUCAUAAAUGAUAUGGAGACAUUCAAAGCAGAGUGCAGUAGCAACAAUGGAAAUGGAGGCAUGGUGUGCCGAAGGUAA